AUGUUGGUGCUUCUGGCCUUCAUCAUCAUCUUCCACAUCACGUCCGCAGCCUUGCUCUUCGUCGCCACCAUUGACAAUGCCUGGUGGGUAGGAGAGGAGUUUUUUGCAGACAUCUGGAGAGUGUGUGUCAACAACACGAACUGUACGGAACUCAAUGACUCUGUUCAAGACUUCUCCACGGUGCAGGCGGUCCAGGCCACCAUGAUCCUGUCCACCAUCCUCUCCUGCAUCGCCUUUCUGAUCUUCGUGCUCCAACUCUUCCGCCUUAAGCAGGGCGAGAGGUUUGUUUUAACCUCCAUCAUCCAGCUCAUGGCUUGCCUGUGUGUCAUGAUCGCAGCUUCCAUUUACACAGACCGGCGCAAAGAUAUUCACGAGAACAACAGAGAACUGUAUGCCCAGACGUCGGGCGGCAGCUUCGGCUACUCCUUCAUCCUGGCCUGGGUGGCCUUUGCAUUCACCUUCAUCAGCGGCCUCAUGUAUCUGAUACUGAGGAAGCGCAAGUAG